AUGACGGACACGAGGCGCCACUCUGUGGAUGUGCCACUGUCAAGAACCUUGGUGCAGCUGAAGCGGGUGAGGUCGUUGCGCGAUCCAUCAACAAAUUCUUUGACCAAGUAUGCGUCUCCUUCUGACAAUAUGAUCUGGGAGACUGCUUCAAGCAACGGAGCCACAAUGGAGCUAAGCAGGUCAGCACACCAUCACUUAAUCGAAGAAGACGUAGAUUUGGAAGCUGAAGCUACUAUGGGGUCAGAGCGAAGCUUUCGGGCACCCAAUGCAAGAACUGCAUCUUACAGGAAAUCUUCCGUUGUCAAGAUCAGAGGCUUGAACCCGCCGAGAAACAAGCAAGGUCAUCGUGUCCGUGUGGAUGGUCACCGCAAAUCGGUGGAUUCUAACCACUCUAAUCAUAGCUCUCUCCGACAGUUAGCAAACAAUAUAGUAACAAACGUGCCGGAGGAGAAGGAAGAGGAGGAGGUGAAUUCUUAUGAACAGGCAGAUCUUGCUUUGCCGGAGAAGACUGACGAAGAAGUAGAAAUGCAUUCCAAAUUCAGGAACAGGUCUUCUGCAGCAAUGAGCCGUGUCGGCAGCCCUUGUAUGUCUGCCAGUGAAGCGCGCUCAGUUGGGUCGAGAAGAAGCACGUUAGGGCAUGGAACCGAAGACACACGAAUGAGGUCGAAUGAUGUUGUUGGAUCAAAUUUUAGUGGAUGUGGUAUAAGCUACUGCUGGUCAGGAGCAUCGAAGUACCGCGAUCUUUACUCCGAUAGUGAUGGUCCAGAGCAACCUCUCUUAUCCCCGGAGGGGACUGAAGCAGCAUUCCAAGACAGUGUGCCAUACACUGAGACACCGAGGUGUUUAAGCCAAAAGUUCCGCCCUCGAUCCUUCAGUGAACUGAUUGGCCUCAAUGCAGUUGCUCAGUCUCUCUUAUAUUCCUCUUGCAAAGGAAAAGUUGCUCCAAUGUACUUGUUUCAUGGCCCCCGUGGUACAGGCAAGACAUCGACCGCACGGAUUUUUGCUGCUGCUCUAAAUUGCCUCUCCCUCGAAGAGCAAAGGCCAUGUGGGUUCUGUAAAGAGUGUGUCAUUCUCUUCUCUGGGAGGAGUAGAGAUGUAAAAGAACUUGAUGCGGCAAAAAUGGACCGUUUGGGUCGAGUAAAGGCACUACUCAAGAGCGCAUCUCUUGUCCCAUACUCCUCACGCUUCAAGGUUUUCAUAGUUGAUGAAUGCCAUCUGUUGCAAGAAGAUGCCUGGUCUGCAAUAGUGAAGAGUCUUGAUGACCCAUACCGGCAUACUGUGUACAUUAUGAUUACUUCUGAUUUAGAUAGCUUGCCUCGCACUUCCGUAACACAUUGCCAGAAGUUCCAUUUUCCAAAGAUAAAGGUUGCAGAUAUUGUAUACAGGUUGGAGAAAAUAUGCAUAGAUGAAGGAUUAGAAUUUGACCAUGAUGGGUUGUACUUCAUUGCUGCAAAGUCUAAUGGUUCUCUUAGAGAUGCUGAGAUAAUGCUGGAUCAGCUUAGUUUGCUCGGGAAGAGGGUCACGAUUUCUCUUGUGCAUGAACUUGUAGGAUUGGUGUCUGAUGAUGAGUUGAUUGAGUUGCUUGAUCUAGCAUUGUCAUCGGACACCACCAAUACUGUCAGGCGAGCUCGGGAACUUAUGGCGUCGUCAAUUGACCCUCUGCAGCUGGUCUCUCAGUUGGCAAACCUUAUUAUGGACAUCCUCUCGGGACGAUGUCAAUCUGCAGUCACUGAAGUCAGCAAAAGUUUCUUAGGAAGAUAUGCGUUGACAGAAGUUGGUAUAAGGAAACUCAGACAUGCACUGAAAGUACUGUCAGAAACUGAAAAGCAAUUGAGGACAUCAAGAAAUAAGGCUACCUGGGUUACUGUUGCGCUUUUGCAGUUUGGCACCAAUGAAUCUGAUCUAGUGGCAGAAACAAAUGACAUCCAUGCACAUUCAGCAACAGGAUAUACAGAUGACUGGGUUUCCAAGGUAAAUUCAAGCUCCAAUUUCUGUGAUGCGUGUAACAGCAACAAGUCUAACUGUUCCGAAAGACACUGUAGACGGCUUAAGCUUGAAAACAUCUGGAGGAGAGCCAUUGGGAAAUGUCAAUCCAGGUCAGCCAAAAGUUUUCUCAAAAAAGAAGGAAUCCUAUUAUCAGUCCAUGUUACUGAAGAGGUGGCUAUAGCAGAAGUUGGAUUCAGUCACCCGGAUCAUCUAUCAAGGGCAGAGAAAAUGCAAAGCCUGAUAGAAGGAGUAUUACAGCAUGUUCUUGGGUUCAAUGUGGAGAUCAGAUUCAAACUUGUACCAUGCACAGCGAGGAAAGAUCCAAGGCUGAAGAGAAAUUCAUUCAGCCUACUCGGCUGCUCAGGACGAAAGCAAGAGCUGUCAGAUUCAUCUGUGACUGAAGAAGACGAAGCUGUGAGGCAUGGAGCAAGGGAAACACCGCUCAAAGGCUACUCCUCUAGUCAGCAGCGAUCACCAUUCAUUGUGCAACGCGUUGAUUCUAAACCAAAAGUUCAUGGCAGUGAGGAUGAUGCCCGAAGCACCUUGACGUCAAACAGAUCGAUGACCGAUGACCUAACAAGGACAUGUAGGUCUGAGACUAACUGCUCCAAGGGUGCUAGUGAGCAGGGUCGUUUUGAUAGCAUCCAGGAGCCUGACCUUCAGCCAAAUUGCUUCUCACGAACAUUGAAGCUUCAAAAGAGGUUCUUCUCAUCAGAUGCAGCUCACACAAUCUGUUUCAGGAUCCAGCCACACAACAAAAUGAGUUUCCUACCUAAGAAAGAAUUUGAUACUUAUUUCUGCGCAUACGAGCCCUACGAGCAGUGUCCAAGAUCAAAUUCACGAGCUACUUACGGUUCAAGAGAUGAGGACUUGUCCAUCAAAACUUCGCUAUUUGGUUCUAAUCUGCUCUGCUGGAGGGGGCCUAAACAGUCAAUCUAACAGAAAUGGAUGCUCAAAUUAGAUGGACCAAAAUCACAUAAAUUUUGCAAAGCCUAAUUUUUGCCUGAAGCUGGAGAUAUGGUCACCCUUUGGCAGCAGUUAUUAGGGAAGUUAGCGAACAGGAUUAAAUCUAGAUAACUGCGGCAUUUGCACCAAGCGGGGUUCUUAUUUGUAAAACAACCGACGAAAACCGUUGU